GAGCUCAACUUGGCUUCUUAUUCCAGUCUCCCGUUCCACCUUAAACGGAGCGGCAGCCCCACUCUGGCGCCUGGCUCAGAAUGCAGCUGCUGCCCCAUUUAAGGUGGAACGGUGAAUUCGAGCUGGGCGAGCAGUACUACCGAGAUGCCAUGGAGCAGUGCCAUAACUAUAACGCUCGCCUGUGUGCAGAGAGGAGCGUGAGGAUGCCUUUUCUGGACUCUCAAACAGGCGUCGCCCAGAGCAACUGCUAUAUCUGGAUGGAGAAGAGGCACAGAGGGCCAGGUGUCGCCCCGGGGCAGUUGUAUACGUAUCCAGCUCGUCGUUGGAGAAAGAAGAGGAGAGCUCAUCCCCCUGAAGACCCUCGACUGGCUUUCCCGUCUCUAAAGACAGAGUUGGACCUGGGGCUGAAGAAGGACAUGCUGACCUCCAGUGAUGGCAGCAGUCUGGAAGCUCUGCUGAGGGGAGACCCGCUGGAAAAAAGAUCAGCGCUGGAUGUCCGCCCUGCUGACGAGGAGCCGCACACGGAGUUCUCUAGUGGAGGACUCAACCCGGCUACCAGAGUUAGGAAGAGAAUUUUGGAACCCGAUGACUUCCUGGAUGAUCUGGAUGAUGAAGACUAUGAGGAAGAUACCCCAAAGAGACGUGGCAAAGGAAAGGGAAAGGGGCGGGGCGUCAGCAGUGCUCGCAAGAAGUUGGAUGCAGCGGCUGCCCUGGAGGAUCGGGACAAGCCGUACGCCUGCGACAUAUGUGGAAAGCGCUACAAGAACCGGCCGGGACUGAGCUACCAUUACGCCCACUCUCACUUAGCCGACGAGGAGGGAGAGGAUAAAGAGGAGCCGGAGCUUCCGCCCCAGACUCCACCCCCGCCGGAGGAGCCUAAGACCCCGAAAAAGGGUCCAGACGGUUUGGCCCUGCCCAACAACUACUGUGAUUUCUGUUUGGGAGAUUCCAACAUGAACCAGAAAACCGGCCAAUCGGAAGAACUGGUGUCCUGCUCCGAUUGCGGUCGCUCCGGUCAUCCUUCUUGUCUGCAGUUCACCCCAGUGAUGAUGGCGGCAGUGAAAACGUACCGCUGGCAGUGCAUCGAGUGCAAGUGCUGCAACAUGUGCGGCACAUCAGAGAACGAUGACCAGCUGCUGUUCUGUGAUGACUGCGACAGAGGAUAUCACAUGUACUGCCUCAACCCACCCAUGUCUGAGCCCCCUGAAGGAAGUUGGAGCUGUCAUUUGUGUUUGGACCUGCUGAAAGAGAAGGCGUCCAUAUAUCAGAACCAGAAUGCUCCCCCGUCGUGAUGGUCCCACUGGAAGCACUGACCCUCUGUUCUCGGUUCCCAGCUAUUAAAGUGGCCACUCAGUGAGUGAAGGAAGGGAGUUGAACUAGAGGUGCUGGGGGCCCGAAAAAGGGAAGCAUACUUAACCGAGCCCCGUACUUAUGGAGAGAGGAAGGGAUGAAUGGAAAGAGAAAGAGGGAGCGAGGAAAAGGGUCCUUCCUCUCUCCAGUACUUUCCUCUCACCUCUUGGCAGGUUUGAUCCCAAUAUGACUGUUACACAGUUCCAAGUUUCAGACUACCCACUGCUUUUUGUUUUCAACUAUUAAUCUCGAAACGAUUAUUAAUAACUAAUAAACACACAACUUGCGCUGUCAGACUAACAA